UAAAUUUUGGAAGGAUCUAUCUGCUUCUAUGACUUCCAGUGGUGGAAAGUAACUGAGUACAUUUAUUUAAGAACUGUACUUGAAAUACUUUCAUUUAGUAUUUCUGCUACUUUUUACUUCUACUGCACUAAUAGUACUACAACCCGUAGUGUGCACUGGGGCGCCCCUUUUACCUUACACCACUGCUUCAGAUGGUCUUGUGCCUUCUGGGUCAGGAAGGCGCACUGACAUUGUUUUUCCCAUGAUCCCAAUUGCUGGUCAUCUAUUAGGCAUAUUUAGCUGCAACCGCAUGGCCUGACUGGGUGGAAUAACAGUAGGAUUUUUAAUAUUAAAGAGCAAUUCUUUUUCCUCUAGUCUUUUAAACAAUCCAAAAGACUAAGACUUGUGAAUAAUAAUUUCUCAGAUAAAACACUGCAGCUCAAAGUGCCAUCAACUGUCAGAUAGUGUAUUUAGUAUUGCAGUGAUGGGCUGUUUCCUCAAUGUCAUACACUACAAAGUUUUAACCCCCCUGAUUUUUUCACAUUUCCUCCUGUUACAGUUUCAGAAUUGAACUUAACAAAUAUGUUUUCUUUCCCAUUACUGACACAGUAAAUUCAACACAUUUAUGACCUAAAACAUACUGAUGUUUCUGGAUUUAUAUUGGAAGGUAUGAGGAUGUGCUUUCGGUCAGAUGAACACAGACACAGCAGCAUCCGUCAGAGGUGGAGUGUAGAUGGAGCCACCUGUGAUGGCACCCACAGACACUCAAAUCAGGUUGAUAUUACUGCCUGACUUUAGCAGGAAGCCACAAUGAAGGUAGCGGACCUUUUGAACACUCUUGAGGAUUUAACUGACGAGGAAUUCAAGGACUUUAAAUGGUAUCUGAAGCAGCCUGACAUCUUGCAAGGUUACACAACCAUCAAAGCAUCCAAGCUGGAGAAGGCAGAGAGGCGGGACACAGUGGAUCUGAUAGUGAACACUUAUAAAGUUCACAAAGCUGUGGAGGUGGCCAAGAAGGUUUUAGAGAAGAUUAAUAGGAAUGAUCUGGUAGAGAGUCUGUCAGAUGCCAGCGCAGAACUAGAAGUGUCAGUGGAUGUCAGUGACGUUGGACAGACUUCAGAGAACAGAGGACCUUCCUCCUCUCACUGCGAAGGAAGUAAUUCUGGAGUUUGUCAGCGUAAACUAAAAUAUAACCUGAAGAAGAAGUUGCAGUGCGUGUUUGAAGGGAUUGCUAAAGCAGGUAACCCAACCCUUUUGAAUAAGAUCUACACAGAGCUCUACAUCACAGAGGGAGGGACUGGAGAGGUCAAUGAUGAACAUGAGGUCAGACAGAUUGAAAGAGCACCCAGGAAACCAGACAGACCAGAAACUACAAUCAGACAAGAAGACAUUUUUAAACCCUCACCUGGAAGAGACGAACCAGUCAGAACAGUGAUGACAAAGGGAGUGGCUGGCAUUGGGAAAACAUUCUUAACACAGAAGUUCACUCUGGACUGGGCUCAAGACAAAGCCAACCAGGACAUAGAGUUCACAUUUCUAUUCACCUUCAGAGAGCUGAAUGUGCUGAAAGAGAAAAAGUACAGCUUGGUGGAACUUGUUCAUCACUUCUUUACUGAAACCAAAGAAGCAGGAAUCUGCAGGUUUGAAGAGUUCCAGGUUGUGUUCAUCUUUGACGGUCUGGACGAGUGUCGAAUUCCUCUGGACUUCCACAACACUGAGAUCCUUACUGAUGUUACUGAGUCCACCUCAGUGGAUGUGCUGCUGACAAACCUCAUCAGGGGGAAACUGCUUCCCUCUGCUCGCCUCUGGAUAACCUCACGACCUGCAGCAGCCAAUCAGAUCCCUCCUGACUGUGUUGACAUGGUGACAGAGGUCAGAGGGUUCACUGACCCACAGAAGGAGGAGUACUUCAGGAAGAGAUUCAGAAAUGAAGAGCUGACCAGCAGAAUCUUCUCCCACAUCAAGUCCUCACGAAGCCUCCAUAUCAUGUGCCACAUCCCAGUCUUCUGCUGGAUCACUGCUACAGUUCUGGAUAAUGUGCUGAAAACCAAAGCAGAGCUACCCAAGACCCUGACUGAGAUGUACAUCCACUACCUGGUGGUUCAGUCCAAACUGAAAAAUGUCAAGUAUGAUGGAGGAGCUGAGACAGAUCCACACUGGAGUCCAGAGAGCAGGAUGCUGAUCCUGUCUCUGGGAAAACUGGCUUUUGAGCAGCUGCAGAAAGGCAACCUGAUCUUCUAUGAAUCAGACCUGACAGAGUGUGGCCUCAAUAUCAGAGCAGCCUCAGUGUACUCAGGAGUGUUCACACAGAUCUUUAAAGAGGAGAGUGGACUGUACCAGGACAAGGUGUUCUGCUUCAUUCAUCUGAGCGUUCAGGAGUUUCUGGCUGCUCUUCAUGUCCAUCUGACAUUCAUCAACUCUGGUAUCAAUCUGCUGGCAGACGAACAAUCAACCUCCCAUCAGUCUGAAACAAGAAAAGAUGAAUCAGCAGUCGCACACUUCUACCACAAUGCUGUGGACAAGGCUUUACAGAGUCCAAAUGGACAGUUGGACUUGUUCCUCCGCUUCCUCCUGGGACUUUCAUUGCAGACCAAUCAGUCUCUCCUACCAGGCCUGCUUACACAGACAGGAAGUAGCCCAAAAACAAAUCAAGUAACGGUUUGGUACAUCAAGAAGAGGAUUGAAGAGACUCCUUCUUCAGAUAAAAACAUAAAUCUGUUCCACUGUCUUAAUGAACUGAAUGAUCGUUCUCUUGUGGAGGAGAUCCAAAAGUCCCUGAGUUCAGGAAGUCUCUCCACAGAUAAUCUCUCUCGUACUCAGUGGUCAGCUCUGGUCUUCAUCUUACUGUCAUCAGAAAAACAUCUGGAUGUUUUUGACCUCAAGAAAUACUCUUCUUCAGAGUUGGUUCUUUUGAGGCUGCUGCCAGUGGUCAAAGCCUCCAAGAAAGCUCUACUAAGUGGCUGCAACCUCUCAGAGAGAAGCUGUGAAGCUCUGUCCUCAGUUCUCAGCUCAGACUCCUGUUGUCUGAGAGUGCUAGACCUGAGUAACAACGACCUGCAGGAUUCAGCAAUGAAGCUGCUGUGUGCUCAACUGGAGAGUCCACGGUGUGCAAUGGAAACACUCAGACUGGGUGGCUGCAACCUCUCAGGGAAUAGCUGUACAGCUCUGUCCUCGGUUCUCAGCUCCCAGUCCUCUAGUCUGAGGGAACUCGACCUGAGUAACAACGACCUGCAGGAUUCAGGAGUCAAACUGAUGUCUGCUGGAUUGGGGAGUUCACACUGUACACUGGAAACGCUCAGACUAAGUGGCUGCAACCUCUCAGAGAGAAGCUGUGAAGCUCUGUCCUCAGUUCUCAGCUCAGAGUCCUGUUGUCUGAGAGAGCUGGACCUGAGUAACAACAACCUGCAGGAUUCAGCAGUGAAUCUGCUGUGUGCUCAACCGGAGAGUACAUGGUGUGCAAUGGAAACACUCAGGUUGAGUGGCUGCAACCUCUCAGAGAGAAGCUGUAAAGCUCUGUCCUCAGUUCUCAGCUCCCAGUCCUCUAGUCUGAGAGAGCUGGACCUAAGUAAUAACGACCUGCAGGAUUCAGGAGUCAAACUGCUGUCUGCUGGAUUGGAGAGUCCACACUGUACACUGGAAACUCUCAGACUGUCAGGCUGUAUGAUCACAGAGGAAGGCUGUACUUCUCUGGCCUCAGCUCUGAGCUCCAACCCCUCCCAUCUGAGAGAGCUAGAUCUGAGCUACAAUCAUCCUGGAGGAUCAGGAGUGAAAAUGUUGUCUGCUGGACUUGAGGAUCCACUCUGGAGACUGGACACUCUGAGGAUGGAUCCUGGUGGAGCCCAAUGGUUGAGACCAGGUCUGAGGAAGUAUUCCUGUGAGCUCACACUUGACACAAACACAGUACAGGGAAAGAUUGAACUGUCUGGCAACAACAGGAAGAUGACAUUUUCGCCGAUGGAUCAGUCAUAUCCUUAUCAUCCAGACAGAUUUGACCGCUGUCCUCAGCUGCUGUGUAUGAAUGGUCUUACUGGUCGCUGUUACUGGGAGGUUGAGUGGAGAGGAGGAGUUUAUAUAUCGGUGAGUUACAGAGGAAUCACAAGGAAGGAAGGAAUUAUUAAAGACUGUUUGUUUGGAUAUAAUGAGCAGUCCUGGAGACUGAGCUGCUAUGAAGAUGGCCGUUACAUUGUAAGGCACAAUAACAGAGUGACAGCCCUCUCCUCCUCCACUGUCUCUAACAGAGUAGCAGUGUAUGUGGACUGGCCUGCUGGCACUCUGUCCUUCUACAGAGUCUCCUCUGACACACUGAUCCACCUCCAUACCGUCAACUCCACAUUCACUGAACCUCUUUAUCCUGGGUUUGGGCUCAGUUGGUGGUCUGGUUCCUCAGUGUCUCUGUGUUCUCUGUAGGAGGGAGAGGCUCCUCCUGUUAGAGAAACAUUGUCACUGCUGGACAGAGGAGUUCAGCCUGUAUUAGGGUUGGCAACCGAAAUUCAGUGCAAGUGGUCUAAAGCUCCCGUUCUAGCAACACCACCACUCCCUCUGUGCUCUGAGAGCUCCAAGUCUGCUAAUAGGACCAUUAGCUACUGAGACCCGAGAGAACGGAGAUGCCUCCUGCACAUGCUCUUGCUGAUGUCUGCCAUUAUGUCUGCAGACAGAUCCCUCUGUGUCUAGACUGCAGUAAAUAAACACCUGAUUUAAAAAAAAAAAAAGUAUGUGGCUAAUAAUACAAUAUUGGAUUUGACCUCUCCUUAUUUCCAUCUAAAACAACAUGUUUAUGUGGCACUGGUUGUUUCAAAGGGCAGGAAAAUACGAGAACGUGACAUCUGAUUCCCUGAAUUUGCUUUCCAAAGAGCCCAUACCUCAGGUGGCAUCUAUGAACAAAUCAUAUACAGAUGUACAAUAUUUACCCCUCAGACAACCAUAUCUUUCAUAGGGUGCCAGAUGCUACCAGUGGCCUAAAGACUAAAAGUAUGUAUGCCCCCUGCCAGCAUGAGCGUAAAAAGUCUCUCAGGCGUUUCUUUGCUAGAGACUGCUGCUGCUCUAUUCCUCUCUGUCCUUCCUCUUCUUCCUCUGUCUCUGAGUCUUCUCAGGGAGAACUGGAGUCAGAAUGGUUGGAGGAGCAGAGCUGGAGCCUGCAGUGGGCACCAUCAUACCUGAUGCUCCUUCUAUCAGAGGAGACGGUGUGGUUUUCUCCCUCUGCUCCUGUCCCAUGUGGGUGUGUCAAUAGUCAUGACAUAAUGGGUGGUAUUUCAUCUUGUUGUCACUGGCACCUUCACCAACACGUAGACAUCACGACAGCUCCUUUCUCAAACCCAGUACUUUCAGCUGUGCUGUAGAGCAUAUAUACAACCUUCUGCAUGAUUUGCCACAAACUGCAGCUGUAGCAUCAAUGAUCUGCAUCAAUAAAUAAACUAUUUCUAAUGGAGUGGAAAUACUUGCAGUAUCUUUUUUUAAAUGUAUUAUUCAGUAGAUUAAAGGGAGGCAGCCUUAUAUAAGUGUAAGAAUAUAAGCUUAUUAAGGUGAUGGUCUGCAGACAUACAUUUGUUGUGUAAAAAAACAUUUAUAGUAUUAUUUGAAUAUUUUUACAAAGACACAGUGUGGCUAGAUUCUGAAUAUAGAUACAUUUACCGAUCCACUGUUUUCAGUUGCAAUCUGAUUGAAAUCAUUGAAUUUGGAUACCUGUCGAUACCAAGUACCAAUCCAAUACCAGUGUUUAAUUAAUGAGCUGUAUUCCUCACUGUGAGGGACUGGGAUCUUUAAUGUGUAAGGCUUGACUUUAAUAUUGCUUUCCUAACUUUGUAAAGAAAUUGUAACAAAUAAAUACAUAGCUAUACAUUUACUGCAUUGUUAUUUGUUAUUAAAAUAAUUCAUUGUGCACCAGCAAACAAUGUGGAUGAAUAAAAUCACAAGUAGUAUAACCAAGUAACUUGGAAAAAAAUUAAUAUUUAAAAUAAACAAGAAUCAAAGGUCUCAGUAAAUGUUUAUUUUUUUUUAAAUUUUAAUUCCAAUACAAAAAUAUAAUAGACCAAACACUCACAGUAAAUACAGAGAUGGUGUGUUUUAACCGAUGUGCCUUCUUCUGGAGCUCAGUGCAGGAUGUGGACGCUGUUGUCUUUUUACCUGUCUCUUGCAGAACAAGAUGUAGGCCUACUCCUGCCGCUGCUCACACACAGACUUAACGGUUGUUUCAUUGACCAAUGAGUCAAUGAAGGCGAGCCAGCGGUCAGUUGUUUCAACGGUAUUCUUUUAGACCCUCUGCUGUCUAUGCUCAAUCACUCAUUUGAAAAUGGUAUCCUUCCUCAAUCUCUUAGGGAGGCCAACAUCUCUCUCAUUCUUAAAAAAGGAAAAUGCCCAGAUAGCUGCGCCUCAUACAGGCCAAUAGGCAAGGCGACCCCCUUAGCCCCCUGCUCUUUGAUAUUGCUAUCGAGCCGCUGGCCCAGGCAGUAAGGCAAAACACUUUAAUUCCUGGUAUCUUCGUUGGUGAAAGGGAACACAAAAUUACUUUAUACGCGGAUGACAUUUUGAUACAUUUAUCGCGACCCCAAACAUCUGUUCCCUGCCUGAUUAAGGUAAUUUCGUCAUUCAGCGUCUUUUCGGGAUAUAAAAUUAACUUUGCAAAAUCUGAGGCUUUGCCCCUGGGGUCGUUAACACGUGUUCCAGAUAUGGCUGAGCCCUUCCCGUUCCGCUGGUCUCCCACCGGUUUCAUUUACUUAGGAGUGCAUUUUACACCCACUUUUGGUCAGAUGUUUAAGUCCAACUCCCCCCCCCCCUCUUGGAUACCAUAAGGGCAGACUUAGACCACUGGGCCCCUCUCCCGCUUUCCUGGCUGGUAGGGUUGCUCUCAUAAAAAUGAACGUCCUGCCUAGACUGCUAUACCCACAGCAAAUGAUCCCUAUCUUAUUAUCCAGCAAGGUUAUUAAGGUGCUUGAAGGCUGGCUAAGCUCCUUCAUUUGGAGUAAAAGGAAGCCCCGUCGCAAGAUGACAAAACCUCAAAUGGCAGGUUGUGAUGGAGGGUUAGAUGUACCAAAUCUCAGAUUUUGAGAUUGCAAGCUGGCGCAACUGUGAUCCAGCCUCGAUUUGGCAUGAUAUUAAAUCCUCUCAGUCGAAGUGUCCCUUGCUGAAUUUAUUGUUUAUGAAUAAUCCUGAUUCUGUUAAAAAACAUUGCUCUAACCCUAUUACUCUCAGUACCAUCAGAGCCUGGAGAUCCAUUCGCUCUAUAGAAGGCCGGGCUCAGUUAUCAUCUCCUCUCACUCCCAUUCUUGAUAACCCGGACUUCCUGCCAGGCUGUAAGGACCAGGGCUUUAAAGUGUGUAACCGCGCCAAAUCCAUACAGUUCAGGAUUGUACAUCGAACGCAUAUAACACCUGUUGUCAAGAACAAAUUGGACGCUAAUAUUUCCCCGCUUUGCUGGAAAUGCAAUUCUGAGACUGGUAAUUAUAUUCACUGCCUCUGGUCAAGUGUGGAGUUACAAAGGUAUUAGUCUAGUAUAGUGAAUGAACUGACUGCUAUCUUUGGUGUCCCAAUACGGAUGGACCCUAUGUGCCUGAUACUUGGUCUCCCGGAUGGUCGGAUCACUGACAGCAAACAAAAGAGACUUUUCAAUAUACUGACUUUUGCUGCUAGAAAGAACAUCCUACUCUUCUGGAUCAAGAAUGUUGCUCCGACAAAAAAAUCAUGGCACAACAUUGUUAUGGACUGCGUUCCUAGUGAAUACAUCACGUGCAUGCUUCACUCCAAAAUAGAUGCUUUCUAUAAGGUAUGGGACCCUUACUUGCAGCAUAUUGGGCCCACGCUGUCAUCCUCCUUGCUUCGUGGAUUUCCCAGAUCAGCCUAGCCGGUCUCUGUGACUUUGUUUUAAAUGCUCACUGUCUAACGAGCACCUUGUAGCCUUGCUAUGUUUGUAUGCUCUGUAUUGAUUCUCAUCUGGAUACUGCUUGUCUUGUUGCAGGAGAUUAAUUUACUUCUUUCUUUUUCAUAAUUGUUUUCUAUUUACUGUACCCACAUGCCCUUAUUCUGCUGUGUUAUUUUCUGUCAUGUCUUAGCAGUUCUGUGUGUUUCUGUGUUAAAAAGAAGAAAAUGUAAUAAUAAAAAAAAAAAAACACUGGUGUGAUCUCCCCUGCAAAAACUUUAUAAAAUUCCCCUGGAAACCCAUCUGUACCAGGGGAUUUAUUAUUUUUAAGAUUUUUUAUAGUAUCUUAUAUUUCCUGUAAUGUAAUUGGCUGUACCAUUUCAGAUGCUUCUUCUGCUGAUAGUGAUGGUAGGUUUAAUUUUUUAAGAAACGCCUGAGUCCUAUAUGAGUUUAGCUCAAAGUCGUUGUAUACGUUUUUAUAAUAUUUUGCAAAAGCUUCCGCUAUCUCUGUUGGCUUUACCAUAAGUUGUUUGGAAAUGGGAUAUUUUAUUUUUGAAAUUUUGCUAGAAGACGACUUGCUCUGUUCCCCAUCUCAUAAUAUCUUUGACUUGUAAGUAGUGUUGCUUUCGUCAACGAAAAUUAUGACUAAAUAUCGUUGUCAACUAACCUUUAUCAUGUGACGGAAACGAGACGAGACACAACAUAAAUGGUGGUCAUGUGAUGAAAACUAUAAUCAAAUACAUAAUGCAGUAUUGUUGACAAAUAAAAACGGGACUAAAUGUGGUUUGCGAAAUAAAAACUCUUUCGUUGACCAAAACGAGACAAGACGAAAUGUUAUAACGUUAUUUCGUCUCGCUAUUAUUAUUAUUAUUUUGCAAUAUUUCUGUUUCCUGAGUCUCGGCUACGUCACUUCCUCAAUCUCCACUCACAGCAUUAUUUAGAAGAUGCAGCUGCUGUGGGUUAACGUUAGUCACAGACACACACAUUUUAUUUACACUUUUUUAUUAUGUCAUUGUAGCUCGAGCCAUCAAGCACCUUGUUUCUCUUUAAGUUAAACUUGAAUGUAAUGUCAAUUUUUUCUGGCAUUGUCAUUUGAAGCUAUUUUAUUUAUUUAUUUUAUCUAAAUGUAUGUGUGUGUACUUCUUACAUGUUUGGUAGGUAAAAUAAAUAUGUUGUAAAUUCAAA